AUGAAUGAGAGCGUGAAGGAGCAACAGGAGGGUUUCCGACAAGCUUCUGAGCAGCACGGGCAAGGUGUCCAGCAGCAACAGGAGGAGGCCUGGCGCGGGAUUCUGGCGGAAGUGCACGCAGGCGUGCUGCGGCAGCAGGGCUUUGUGGACCUGGACCCCGGCAGGUGCUUUGAAGCCGAAACCGAAGGAACCCGCAGCUUCGCCCGCUGCUGUAGCGUUGGGGACCACGCGGAGGAAUGCUUCGGUGAGGCGCUUUCCGCAGACCGCUGCUGCGGCCGGGCGCGGCGCGCCGAGGGCCCCGGCCGGGACCUGGUGGCGGCGGCGGCGGCGCAGCUGGGCGGCGCGUCCAGCCGCCGGCCACCGCCGGAGGUGCUGAUCCCAGUGGUGGACCGCUGGCUGAAGGACCCUGCCGGUCUUUCCUCCGGCGAGACGAACAGUAUGGCGGUGGUGCGGCUGCUUGUGGAAGAAGUGCAGCCCCAGGUGAAGGCUAUGCAGAACCAGCUGAGUGCACCGGUGGAGAAGCUGUCGGCGGACCUCCAAGCGCUCAGCUCGACCAAAAGAGCUACGCUCAGCGCCCAAGCCGCUCAGGCUGAGGCCUGGCUCCCGGCCCCGGCGCUCUUGGCCUCCGGGGGAAGGCGCAGCCUCUACGCCACCGUGGCCUUGUCCCCCCAGCUGCUGCCCCUGGAGCCAGACGAGGCCCUUGCCGCGGCGGAGAACCUGGCCCAAGCCACACCCGGCGCAUGGCCAGAGGUGCCCCUCGAGGACCUGGCCGAGGCCAAGCUGCAGCUGAAGGCCGCCCAAGCAGCGGCCAGAGCGGCGCAGAGUAGCCCCAAGAUCCGGGCGGUCUACGAGGCCACGCGCUUGCUGAAGCGUUUGGACGAGAAAACGGAGGAGUUGGAGGAGCGGACGAGCGCCAAGGACCCCGAGGAUAGUCUCUCUGAAUGCCUAGCUGGAUGGAGGGAUGUUGCUGAAGUGAAGCAGCUGACCAGUGGCAGCCACAUCCGAGUCAGAAGGAGACAUGGCGAGGACAUGACCAGUGCGGAGCUCCGGGUGGAAACGAAGCUGGUGGCCACCGGGGAGCCGGGCACCAUGUACACGGUGUGGGAGGUCACUGCGCUGGACAGCUCCCAGGUGCAAUACUUGGAUCUCCUGCAGCCGGGUACCACGGUGAGCAUUCCCUGCGAGGCGACUGCACAGCCGCAACCUCCAGAGCGCUUGGAGGACGAAGCAAACUUCUCGGAGGAAGGGGAGGUGCUGCUGCGCACCGCUGAAGGCUGGCCGGGCUGCAUCGAGGUGGGGGUAUCCACGCGUGCAGCGGGCAGCACCCGAGGCCUCUUUGUAAACCUGGGCGCGCUGGGGGUGGAGCAAGGCUGCUUCCAGAAUGACUGCAGUCACUCGGACCACUUCGAGGCCGCUUCUCCGGCCCGCUGCGCCGAGGUCUGCCAGCGGAUCGCCGCCUGCGGCGCGUGGACCUUCUGGGAGGCCACGGGCACCUGCUGGCUCCGGGCGAACUUCUUGGCGCGGAUGAAGAAGGGCGCCGUGUCGGGCGCAGCCGCCUGCGUGCCGCCCGUCAUCGCCGGAAAGGCACCGACGCUCUUCGCCCUGGUCACGGGGAAGAGCGGCACCACGCCGCCGGCGGUGUGGGAGGAGUGGGACUUGGUGGCUACGCUGGAAGAGUUCGGCCACCUCACCCUCUCGGAGAUCCAGCGUUUGCCCUCCUCCUCGCGCCAGCGCACUGCGCUGCGUGUGGCGGCAAAAGCCACACACGAGACGACGGAUGGGUGGAGAUGA